UCACACGGAGAGAGAGAGAGAGAGAGAGAGAGAGAGAGAGAGAUCCGGCGACCAUGACGACGGCGGAAGCGGAGGCACUAGACUUCGAGCCCGAGGACGACGACCUCAUGGACGAGGACGGCGCUCCCGACGCCGACGCCUCCCCGCGAGCCCCGCUUCCCAAGCUCAAAUCCGCCAUCACCGGCGGCGCCUCCUCCUCGCUCGCCCCUAGGAAGACUAAGGGCCGCGGGUUCCGAGAGGAGGCCGACGUCGAGCGCAACAACCGCCUCGCCGGGCGCGACUUCGACUCCCUCGACACCGACGGCGGCCCCGGCCCUCUGCGAUCCAUUGAGGGAUGGAUCAUUCUUGUGACUGGAGUGCAUGAAGAGGCCCAAGAAGAUGAUCUGCAAAAUGCUUUUGGAGAGUUUGGAGAGAUCAAGAAUUUGCAUUUAAAUCUUGACCGGCGAACUGGAUUUGUUAAGGGUUAUGCACUCAUCGAAUAUGAGAACUUCGAGGAAGCACAGAAUGCAAUAGCUCAGAUGAAUGGGACGGAACUUCUCACCCAGACGAUCAUUGUUGACUGGGCCUUUAGCAACGGGCCUUCUGUCAGGAGGAGGAAUAUGAGGAAGAGGAGGGAACCACGAGGACAUCGCUCGAGGAGCCCUAACAGAAGAUACUAAGGGCGGCCUGGGUCUCCAAUACUAUGUGGAUGUUUGGAUCUUCCACAAGAACAUCGUAUUCGUUUUUAUUAUGAAUCAAGAGAUAUGUUUUUCGUGAUCUAGAAUUAGCAAUGUUUGUGUUUGCUGACGCCUUCCUUAAUAUUCUAUUCUCGUGGUGUUAUGUGAUGGCCUAACUAACUCUUGGAAGGAUGUGUCUCCCUGUGAAUCACUGACUU